AGCCAUACACAGCAACUGUGAUGGCAGCGUUGCCUCCAAUUUGUGUGGUUGGAAGUGUAGCCUGGUUCGCGGUGGUGCCACUGAUUUGUUUCCAUGUUGUUGAGUGGCACCAACCCGAUAGAGUUUUACAACAAUUUGGAUUGCAACAACCUAUUCCUGGGUGUCCUUCGCAACCGCAGAAUCUCCAUGGCAUAACGCUCAAAGGCAAACAAGAUGAGAAUUGGUUCCACCUGUUGGCCCCAAUUAUUAGUCAGUGGAACAAUCGAGCUGAGUUUAGGGUCGACGUUUAUCUUCGACAGGAGGGCCUACUGGGUUUUAACUCGGACUACAUGGUGUGGUAUAGGCGUAAAACAAAGAUGUUUGUCGACCCAAACAAUGCAAACACAACUACAUUGGGUGAAGUUGUGGAGACUUUACAGUAUAUGGUGUCACCACAAGGGAGGAACACAUGGACAGUUGAUGAUCUCGUGCCUUACGUGGAAAAGUUAGCGAUUAUAUCAGAAGAGCAAGAGAGAAUCACUGAGCCAGUGUCACAUGGUCCAGCAUCAGAGUGUGAAUUCCCAGCACAAGAGUUUCACAUUCUUCAAUCAAGUGUUGAAACUCGGGGCAUAGGCAGACGAAGGGAGCCUGUUGAAGCGGAACAAUAUUCCCAACAAAUGAUGGAGCGUGGUCAUGGAAUGUAUUACAUGCCAGCAACAUUUUCCCAAUAUCCUUCACAGAUGUAUCAGUAUCCUUUUGAAGGUCAUCACACUGAUACUUCUGCAAACGAACAUUCGUUCGGUGGUGUUGCGGAAAAACAACCUCAUUUUUCAUGGCCCACUAUGACUCCUCCACAGCAACACGAUGCCCCAAUGGCAACACCUAAUGCCCCAUUUGCUCCGCAAUGGAAUGUACCUGGAGCAAUACUUGAUAUGGGCGACUUAUUAGGUGUUGAUUUGCGUUAGGAGUUUUCUACUGAGGCUGAGCAAGCAGAAGCGGGGAGACAACGUGGCAGAAGAAAUCCUGAUCGUCAAGCGUGAAGAUGGAAUCGACCAUGUGGCACAUCCUCACGACAUCACGGACACCAUAAUGACUGAUUUUGAUGUCUCUGUGUAAAUUUGUUGUUGUAUGUAUGACAUUUGAUUUUGACAGUUAAUCUAUCGCAUGCCAUUUAUUAUGCCU